AUGGAUCGAAAUAAGAAACGAUCUUCUCGCGAUGAUGAUUCUUCGAAACCGGAGCAGAACAAGAAGCGUCAAUCUUCUUCCUAUGCGAACCCUGCUUCCGAUGAAGGUCCUGAGCAGCAAAAGCAGAACCAGCGUCAGAGUAGGCGUCCUGCCUUCAUUUCGUAUCUAGAAUCCCCGAAUUUGCCUCCCAAAACCAAAUUGCUCUGCGAAAUCAUAGCCAACACGCCUUCUCCAACCGUUGAGAAGGUCCUCGAAGAGACAGGAGUUAGGGUUACGACGGGAGACGUCGAGGAGGUUCUGAAACUCUCGUAUGGCUACCCAUCUACUGCUGUGAAGUUCUUCCGCUGGUCCGGCUGGCAGCUCAAUGACAAGCAUAGUCCGUAUGCAUGGAACCUGGUUGUUGAUUUGUUAGGGAAGAACUUAUUGUUCGACGCAAUGUGGGAUGCAAUCAAGUCCAUGAAGAAGGAAGGGCUGCUCUCUUUAGCGACAUUUGCUUCUGUUUUUAGCAGCUAUGUGGUUGCAGACCGAGUUGAGGAGGCGAUAAUGACGUUUGAGGUCAUGGAUCAGUAUGGUGUUGCUCGGGAUAUUAUAGCAUUGAAUUCACUGCUCAGCGCGAUAUGCAGAGAAGGAAAGACAAUGAAGGCAAAGGAGUUUCUUGACAUUGCCAAGGAUAAGAUUCGACCGGAUGCUGAUACAUACGCAAUUCUAUUGGAAGGUUGGGAAAAUGAGAAUAAUGUUGCUUGUGCUCGACAGACUUUCGGUGAAAUGGUGAUUGAUAUUGGAUGGAACCCAGAGAAUGUACCAGCUUAUGACUCGUUUCUGAAUACAUUGCUUAAGGGUCAUGACAUUCAUGAAGCGAUGAAGUUUUUUGAGAUGAUGGCAGGGAAGAAAUGUUUCCCCGGGAUGAGAUUCUUCAGGACUGCAUUGGAAGAGUUUGUUAAAUCGAAGUGUCCGGAGUGCUAG